GUGUGUGUGUGUAGGGGGUGUGUUUGAAGCUAGGGGGUGGUCUGAUGCUAUCGGGUCAGUAUGAAGCUGGUGGUUACAGUGAGCGAGCUCCUCGGUAAACUGAUCCUGGAGCAGCCUGACUUUUGAACAGUGUACAAUGAGACUCAGUCAGACGUCUAAACCGCUUUCAGAUCAGAUCAGUGACGGAUUAUUGCAGUGUGUGGAUGCGUGUUUGACCUGAACACAGUUGCAGAAGCGCUUUGCUGUCCUCACACUGUCUAUAUGGAGAGGCAAGCACUGCAGCGGGCCCGGGAGGCCUUCCUGAGCGGCAGGACUCGGCCUGUGGAGUUCAGACUGCAGCAACUUAAUGCCCUGCAGAGGAUGAUCACUGACAAAGAGACUGAGAUCUCCACUGCUCUCAAACAGGACAUCAAUAGGAGUCAGUAUGACACGCCGCUCCUGGAGCUGAUUAGCAUUGAGAAUGAGAUCAAGCUGGCUACAGACAAACUGGCAGAGUGGGCAGCUCCACGGCCGGUAGAGAGGAACCUCCUCACCAUAUCAGAUGAGGUUUAUAUCCAGCCGGAGCCCCUGGGAGUGGUGCUCAUCAUCGGGGCCUGGAAUUACCCCUGGGCCCUCACUCUCCUGCCCCUGGUUGGAGCUAUCGCUGCUGGCAACGCAGCUGUGGUGAAGCCAUCCGAGCUCAGCGAGUACUCUGCCCUCCUCCUCAGGGCUCUGCUGCCUCGUUAUCUGGACAAGGACCUGUACCCAGUAGUGACAGGUGGAGUGCCAGAGACCCAGGAGCUGCUGAGGCUCAGGUUUGACCACAUCUUCUACACAGGGGGGAGCACAGUGGGUAAAGUGGUGAUGGAGGCUGCAGCUCGCCACCUCACCCCGGUGACCCUGGAGCUGGGAGGGAAGAGCCCCUGCUACAUCGACAAGGACUGUGACAUCAGAAUCGCCUGCCGUCGUAUCACAUGGGGAAAGUUCGUCAACUGUGGUCAAACAUGCAUCGCCCCAGACUACAUCCUGUGUGAACCCUGCAUCCAAGGCCGAGUGGUGGAAUGCAUCCGACAAACUCUGCUGGAAUUUUACGGCGCUGAUCCUAAAUGUUCCCCAGACUAUGGCCGAAUCGUCAACCAGCGUCAUUUCAACAGAGUCAUGAGCCUGAUGGAAGGUUACACUCCCGUGGUGGGAGGACAAAGUGACGCCUCGCAGCGCUACAUUGCCCCAACAGUGCUGAAGGACGUGCCCCCUCACUCCAGGCUGAUGCAGGAGGAGAUCUUUGGCCCCCUGCUACCCAUAGUGACUGUGAGUGACAUGGAGGAUGCCAUCCGCUUCGUCAAUGAGCGAGAGAAACCACUUGCCCUUUACAUCUUCUGCUCUGAUAAGAAGGCAAUAAAAAAGAUGAUUGAGGAGACCACAAGUGGAGGAGUGACAGUCAAUGAUGUUCUGAUGCACUACACACUCAACUCUCUCCCGUUUGGUGGUGUUGGUCAGAGUGGUAUGGGCCGCUACCAUGGUAAACACAGCUUUGACCAGCUGAGCCACCAGAGGGCGUGUCUGGUCCGCUCUCUGGGCAUGGAGAGCGUCAACCUGGCCCGGUACCCUCCUCAGGACCGCCGGCGGGCACGCAGGGUGAAGAUGGCCCUCAGGUCACCUCUGAUUGACAUGUCCAGGAGGACGUUCAUCUGGGCCGUCGUUGCCACCGUGAUCGGCAUAGGCCUGUUCAUCACCCUGCUGGUCAUCCUGCUCAUAGCUUCAGGCCUCAACUGCACCUGCUGGUACUGGAGAGGUUUUUAUAACUAGAGACACUGAAACUUCCUUCUAAAAUCUAUCCAAUGAAGAAAAAGUGCCUGCUGCAGUGAUUUCAGUGUUGAAGGGAAAAUCUGUUUUUUUCAACCUGGGCCCCGUUUUCCCAUAUUUUUGUGUCUCAGUAAAGGGACAAAGAGUGUCUUUGGGAGAGUGUCUUUAGGGCAUUUGCAGACCAUCGCAUCCAAGUGGAUGGCUCAGAUUGUUAUUAAAAGUCGGUGUCUACUGCUUAUUGUGUGAUUUUGGUAAGUUCAAACUGAUGUGUGUUAGACACAAGAACAUGGGAAAAGAGGGUCCAGGCUGAAAAACGCUGAAGUUUUCUUUAAGAACUUGUCUGAACACACUUUGAAUCCUGUUUUUUUAUUCAGAUAUUUUAUAGAUAAAAACACAAUAACCCCUUGAACUAACCUUUAUUUGCUGUGUGUCUAUUUCACAUCAGAUGUCGUCAGCAAUGAGACAAACAUGGUUAAACACUGACCACAAACACACCUGUGCUGUCCUGAAUUCUUCACUAUUGGAGGUUUACACUCAUUCACACAUUUUCCGUAAUUUCGUGAUGAACGAAGGAACCUGCAGUCUAAUUAUAAUAUUAUACAGAUAAAACAUGUAUGUAAUUUGCUAGUGCUGUUCCACAAUAAAAGAUUGGUUCAUAUAUUA